UGAAUUGUUAUCACUAUUAAAUAAUACAAGUAAUGAAAAAAAACAAAAUGUGCUAAAAAGAACGUUAAAAAGAACGUGAAAAACUUCAAUUUUUUUUAAAAAUUAAAGCGUGGAAUCUGUGGAAUACUUACACGUUAGCAUUAUUCUCAUAAUCAGUUCGAAGUUCAAAAAUGUUGAAAAUCUAUGUUUUCUUCUUAACUUUAUGCCAAAUAUUACACAAAAUCGAAACAUUUGAGGAAAAUACUGAAUUUGAUGUGCAUGUUGAAACUUUGGUGAACACCAAAAAUGGCGGUGAUCCAAGUUUCCUGACAAAAUUUGUGAAUGAUAAGGGAAUUCCACAAGGAUUGAAAGGAGAAAACUAUAUUAAUCCAAGUUUUUGUUCAAACAUCGAUGAUCAAGUAUUAACCGAUGAAAAAUACUCUAAUUGCACAAUUUUGCAGUCAAAGAAUGGAUCAGUUUUAAAACUAAAUUUUUGGACGAAUUUCGAUACUUUCAAGUUCGGUGUUAACCUGUUGGAAUUGAAAAAUGUCACUUUAGAACUGGUUUAUCAAACUGAAUUGACAUACUUGUACUUUACCGCGUUCAGAAAAUGUGAAGACUGUCUUUUCAAUUUCACAAAAAACCCUUCACUGGUUGGUCUUCGGUUUUGGAAUUUGGCUCAUGAUCCAAAUUUGGAGAAUGUUCCUGCUAAGCAUCGUCCAAAGUUAUAUAUCCGAGGAAAUUCCCGAUUGAGUUUCACAACUUUUACUGGUGAUAGGAGAAAACUUCUAGAACUGAAAAAAGCAUGUAAUCCCGAGAUGUGUGUCAUUCAGAACGAUGAAGAAUGUCAUUUUCGUUAUCCUAUCAAAGGUUCAAAUGAAUAUCAAUAUUGCCGUCAUGUGUAUGGGGAUAUGCAUUUCACAGGAACAUUUAGAGAAAAUAAUCCAGCUGAAAUGAAGUUUGUAAUUGAAGGAUGUUUUAUUUUCAAUCGAACCAAAGCCCAAUAUGUUCGCGGAUUGCUCAAAUCAUUUCCAAAAUGUUCUCGUCAACAUAUUUUCGAGCAUAACCAAUACAUGUGCACUGAUCAAUUAGAUCAAAUCAAAGAGCGUUGGGGACAUGAAAAAGUUAAAAUUAUUUCUGAUGGAAUAAAUGUGAAGUGUUAUCAAGGAGAAUGUCGAGGAGGUUUUGUAUCUGAAGCAGUCAAGGAUCGGUAUUCUGGGUGCGAAACGUUUCAAGGAGAUGUAUAUCUUUCUGAGACCAGUGGAAAUCUUUCCGAGCGGAUUAAGGAAUUAUCCUAUGCUCAUACAAUAAACGGUCAACUCCUAAUUGCCAAUAACCCAUCAAUUACGAAGUUAUCAUUUCCGUUUCUCAAGAAAAUAAAAUCUACAAAAUGCCCUGCUCUUCAAAUAUCAAACAUGACAAAUUUGGAGUUCCUCUUAUUCCAGUCACAUGUAGAGUUUUCCUGUCGUAGAAGUGGGCCAAUUGUGAUGAUAACUAAUAGUUCGAAGCUAUACUUACACCAUCAAAUGCUCAGACAACUCAGAAAAGUGAAGGCAGUCUUGAGACAUUUCGAUAGCAAAAGCGACACAUAUUCUGAAAAAACCACCUACUACUUGAUCGGAGGGUGUUUUGUGAUCGCAAUCUUCAUGGAAUUUAUUUGGUUUUUCCGAAAAAAUCUUCUUCUUCCUAAUUUCCUCUACCGUCUGUUCCCGAUGAGAAUUAAUAGAAAACCGAAACAAAAGCAUGGAAAGAAGAAGAAAGAGGAUUGAAUAUUACUUUUUAAAUUAACGCUUAAAUGUUUUUACUUGACUAUAAAAUGUGUUCACAUUUCUUAAAUAAAUUUUUGAUGUAUUAUCAAAAU